AAGGAAACACAAAGACAAACACAAAGACUUCUGUAAGAAGUUAAAUUUAGGGCUUUAAAUGUAAAUAAAUACAAUAAUUAUACUCGUUAGUGGUACCUCAUAUUACCUCUCCGGACCGUUCCUUCAGAGUUUGUGCUAUUAUAGACGAUCUUUGCCGUUCGCCUUGUCAACAGACGAAGAGGCUCCGACUCUGCUCGCCAAGCUUCCACUUUAGCAGAUGCAUGCUACACAAACGUUUUCCGGUUUAACAAAAACGAAGAAAAGAACGAGCUGCUUUGGAGAUGACGGUGGAGGAGAGCGCGGCCUGCUCCAUAUCUGGAAGGGCUACUCUUACAGUGUGAUCCCCGAGAAACUGCUCCUUCCAAAGUCUGUUCUCCAUGUAGCUCUGGGCAAAAAUCAUGGCGUUUUACUGGUGCAAGGUGGUCAGGUGUUCACUUUUGGGCACUGUCCAUGGAAGCAGAGUCAAGUGGCAGAGUUUGAGGCGCCCACUUUGGAGAGUGCACUCAGUGGACAGCGGGUUGUCGCUGUAGCUGCUGGAAGCUUGCACAGUGGGGCGGUCACAGAGGACGGCGGCGUCCACAUGUGGGGCGACAACAGUGCCGGACAGUGUGGCUUGUCGGGCCUCAGCACUGUCCCCAACCCGACUCCAAUCGUUCUGGCAGACUCUGACUGUAGCUCCUUGCUGACGGUGCCUGUAGUGGAGCUCGCCUGCGGGGAGCAGCACACGUUGGCACUCUCGCUCCAGCAGGAAGUGUGGGCUUGGGGCAGCGGUUGUCAGCUGGGAUUCAGUGCCACAGUUUUUCCUGUCUGGAAACCUCAAAAGGUUGAGCUCCUGGCAGGCCGGUUUGUACUUCAGGUGGCCUGCGGGGCUUCGCACAGCCUGGCACUGGUGCGUUGCCUGGGCUCCCAGGACAUCCAACGGCCCCCUCCAGACAAAUGUGGGCAAUGUAAGCAGCUGCUGUACACCAUGACAGACAAGGAGGAUCAUGUCAUCAUCUCUGACAGUCACUACUGCCUGCCUUGCUUGGAGCAUCCCAAGGAUGAGGAGAGGCUUAAAGCACCUUCUAUAGCUCCUGGGCUCAAGACGUUUCCAUCAGAGCCAGCCCUUUCUUCCAAAACCUCUGGAUCACCCCCUCACUUGGUGUCUCCAGCACCUGUCAAUAACAAUAACCCCUACCACAGUCAAAAUUUGGAGACUCAGGAGUCAUCUUUGGCUGGGGAGAAAUUGCCUGUUUCAGACUCUGACCCCUCAGGGUCUAAGUCUAGUGAGACCACAAGUGUCAAAUGUUCACCUUAUCCAGAUGAGCAGGCAGUCAAAGAUUACCUGAAGAAGCUCUCAGAUAACACUCAGGCUGAAAGAACGCCAAAGGUGACAAUUAGAGGACUGCACAACCUGCUGCCUUCAGCAGCCGGAAUCAUCAGCGCCUCAUCCAACAACCCUCUCAACAACCUGGUUGCCUCAUGCGCUUCAGCAGUUGGUGAAAGAGUUGCCUCCACCUAUGAGGCAUUGUCCCUCAAAAAAAUGAUGAAUCUCUAUCUUCCCACUGGAGCAUUGUCAAGCAAGUUAAGCGGGCCAGUCAGGCUAACGGGGGCUGUUCCCGGAGCGGGUGACAACACCACCGAGCGUGUUCGACAGGAAGACUCUGUGCAGGCCAAGAAGAGUUCCAGUACAGGGGAUAUCCACGAGGAGGAGGCGGAACACAUGCACCGCCGCCUCUCGCUCCCGGGCCUCCUCUCACAGGUGUCCCCACGGCUGUUACGUAAGGCUGGGCAUUCUAAGAUAGGGGCCACAUUGCUGACGUCAUCGGGAAUGGCAGCCCCGGCAGAUCAAGAGGUGCUGCCCUCCUUGCAAACAGAGGUGUGGAGCUGGGGCCAUAGUGAACAUGGUCAGCUAGGCCAUGGGGACAACUUGGAUAGAUUCCAGCCGCUCUGCAUCAAAAGUCUCAAUGGAAAGGAGGUGGUGCGAGUAGCAGCCGGUGCUCAUCAUUCCCUCGCUCUUACUGCCCAAUCACAGGUGUUUUCAUGGGGAAGUAAUAGCCAGGGUCAACUGGGCCACAUGGAGUCCCCGAGCACAGUCCCUCGCCUCGCCAAGCUGUCAGAGGGAAUCCGGGUCUGGGAUGUGAGCGCCGGAGAGCGUCACACUCUCCUGCUUGCUGAUGGAGACUGCAUCCAGCCCAUAAUUUAUUACAGUGGCGAACAGGUGAAGGAGGACACCCAAAAGAGUAGGAUAAAGAAAGAGGAGGAGGAGCUAUAUGACAGCUACACCCAGCAGCCGGUGCUGCUUCCCUUCUGCAUGAAUUUGGGAUUUGUGAGCAGCGUGUUUGCUGGUGGCCGACACUGUGUGGCGCUCUCAGACAAGAACGUGAUGGGCUUCAUUGCCAGCUUCCAUGAGCUGGCAUCAGCUGAGAGGAAGUUCUACUGCAAACUGUGUAGCAUCAAGACACAGGUCUUGAGCCCCUUGCUUGAGCUUGAAUCUCUGAGUUCCAACCUUGGCCCCAUGAUCCUCAGGCUCCUGCAGACGCUUGCCAGUCAGUUUGGACAAUUGUGUCACCUGACUGGGCAGCAUGCAAUCAGUGUCACUGCCAACCUUCGGCACAGCCGCAGUAUUAAAAGUCUUUUUGUCCUCAACCACACCAGAAUCUUCCUGGACACCUAUGAUGAAUACUGCAGCACUUUGGAUUACUUCCAGGUGAUGGGAGGCUUCCUGGCCCUAACUAAACCCUCGCUAGAUUUGUUUGGAAAGAGCCCUGAGCUGCUCCAGAGGUUGGCAGAGUGCUGUGAAGGGAACUUGACUGUGGUGGAACUCCUGGUAAUGCUAUUCUGCCUCCCAACACUUCAUCUCCAAGAGUAUGGACGACUGCUGCUCAAACUGGCCACAUGCUUUGAAGUGUGCUCCAAUGACUACCAGCGAUUGCAGGAGAGCUGCUCCAAGUUUGAAGCUUUGGAUCUGCUACUGAAGAGAAGGAGGAAGGAAGCUGAAUACACCUUUCUCUUCUGGAAAGGCUUCCCUGGAAAGAUGACGGACUCUCUACGAAAUCCUCACCGCCGCCUCAUCUGCGAGAGUAGCAACAAAGCUCUGACGCUGCAGAAUGCUGGAAGGUUCUCCGUCAACUGGUUCAUCCUUUUUAAUGAUGCUCUUGUCCAUGCACAGGGCAUGGCGCCUUGUAAAAACCUCUUUUCCACUCAUCAUGUCUUCCCAUUGGCCACGCUUUGGGUUGAGCCUAUUCCAGAGGACGACACUGGCCUGAGUUACGGGCUGAAACUGAUCACACCAGAAGAGAUGUUUACCCUGUUAGCAAGCUCUGCCAUGGAGAAGGCUAAGUGGAUCCGCUGCAUUAACCAAGCGGUUGCUCAGGCCCUGAGCUUAGGUGAGGGACAAAAGAUUGAACCUCCCAUAUGUCGGAGCGCCACCUACACGUUUUACAAGGAUGGACGGCUGAAAGAGGCGACGUAUGAGGGUCGCUGGCUCGCCGGAAAACCACACGGCAGAGGUGUGAUAAAGUGGCCUGAUGGGAGGGUUUACACAGGGUCAUUUAAGAAUGCACAGGAGGAUGGUUUUGGUGAAUUUGUGGCUCCAAAUAAGACCCUGAACAAGAACGAUCACUAUCAAGGUUUCUGGAAGGUCGGAAAAAUGCAUGGUGUGGGAACAUACAGAUAUGCAAACACCGAGGUCUACGAUGGAUCCUACCAGGAAGGCCUGCGACAUGGCCAUGGGAUGCUACGCAGCGGCAAGCUCAACACCUCCUCACCUAGCGUUUUCAUCGGCCAGUGGGUACAUGACAAGAAGACUGGCUAUGGCGUCUUUGACGACAUCACCAAAGGGGAGAAGUAUAUUGGCAUGUGGCAAGACAACAUGCGACAAGGCACCGGGGUUGUGGUUACGCAAUUCGGCCUUUACUACGAAGGAUCCUUCAAAGACAAUAAGAUGAUGGGCACUGGAAUCCUUCUGUCCGAGGAUGAUACAACAUAUGAGGGGGAGUUCUCUGAUGACUGGACCCUUAACGGGAAGGGAGUGCUGACGAUGGCCAAUGGCGACUACCUGGAGGGGUCCUUCCAUGGUGAAUGGGGUGCUGGUCCCAAAGUAACUGGCUCCUACUUAAAGCCUCACCUUUUUGAAACAGACAAGGAGAAGACUCGUCCUGUGAAGCUAGGCCGUCUGUGUGUGAGCGCUGAGGAGAAGUGGCAGGCAGUAUUUGACGAGUGUUGGAGCCAACUAGGCUGUGAGGCACCCGGCCAUGGAAACAACUGCAAGGCAUGGGACAAUAUUGCAGUGGCCCUCACAACUAACCGACGACACAUUCAGGACAGUCCAGAACUGCUGUCUCGAAGUCACAGCAGAACUCUGGAGAGUUUAGAGGUGAUCCCUCACCAUAUAGGCCCCAUUACUAUGGAGCGAUAUCAUGCUAUCCAUCUUUACCUCAUCAAGGCAUGUGACACACCGCUGCACCCACUAGGCCGUCUUGUGGAAGCCUUGGUGGCGGUCUACAGGAUGACAUAUGUUGGCGUCGGAGCCAACCGCCGGCUCCUGCCGCAGGCUGUCAGCGAGUUGAAAUCUUAUCUUAACCGCAUCUUCCGGAUCGUAAGGUUUCUGUUCCCAGACUUGCCAGAAGAUGGCGGUAUAAUUCGCGAGCCAGCCGACCUUCAGGAGGAGUCAGGCGUGAAAUUUGAAAGCUCGCCUGAGCAUGAGACCUCGAAACAGAACAUAACCCUGAAUAUGGAGCGGUCCCACCUCAGCCACGUGGUGAGCGGCUUGGCUCUGCUGCUUCCUGUCCUCUUGCCCCGCCUCUAUCCGCCGCUCUUCACACUCUACGCUCUCGAUAAGGAGCGAGAGGAUGAUGUCUACUGGGAGUGUGUCCUCCGCCUCAACAAGCAACCCGACCUGGCCCUGCUCGCCUUUCUGGGUGUCCAGCAGAAGUUUUGGCCUGUUUCAGUCUCUAUGCCAGCAGCAGCGGAAAACCUGCAGGUUCUGUCCAGCACCAAAGAUACUUGCUUUGCCUCUGCAGUAGACACACUCCAGCAAAUCAGCACAACAUUCACCCCAUCAGACAAGUUGCACGUGAUCCAGCUGACUUUCGAGGAGAUCACAAAGGAAGUGCAGUCACUUCUGAAGCAGGUCUUCCUGUGGUCCAUGGAUGACCUAUUUCCUGUUUUCCUCUAUGUGGUGCUGCGUGCUCGAAUCAGGAACCUUGGGUCAGAGGUCAACUUGAUCGAAGACCUGAUGGAUCCUUGCAUCCAGCACGGAGAGCACGGAAUCAUGUUCACCACGCUAAAGGCCUGUUACUACCAGAUCCAGCAUGAGAGGAUCACUUAAUGCAGCAGCUUCUUUUCUCUUUUACUGAUGCGUGUGCUGUGGCUCC